GUGUGGUCAGGAAGACUGGAGAUUGCAGAUCAGGGCAAAAAGUGCAACCCACGGGGAAAUGCAGGGAAAGGAAAACGUCAACGUAUGUAUGUGCGCUGAUAAGAGAGGAGGUGUGGCCAGGGAAUGUUUUCUGUGUGUUUCUCGGGGAGAAAGAGAGGAAAUUUGGACCACGCAGCAAAACUGGAAGCCACCAAAGGCUGGGUUCCAGUUCCAGAAGGGGCCUUGGGCCCGUCCCACCCAGAGAUGCCCCCGAUGGCCUCGGACCCAGGCCCACCUGGGAAAGCGACCUGGACGGUGGCCGACCUGUUGCGCUUCUCCCCUCCCUGCUCUCCGGCCCCGCCCCCUCGCCGCCCAGCCUGGCAUCGCUACCGUCUCUCCGAAAGCAUGAAGGGCCUGCUGGUGGCUCUCCUGGGGGGCGGCGUGCCCGCCGGCUUUGUGGCACCAUUCACCCGCAUGGCCAACGAAGCCUCGGGGAUCCCUUCCCUGGAGAUCCUCCUCUUCCGCUGCACCCUCCACCUGCUCUUCGCCUGCUACCUCCGCUGCCAGAAGGCGCCCUGCUUUGGGCCCCGGGAGGCCCGCCAGCGCACCCUGCUCCACGCCUCCAUCAAUGUCAUCUCCAUCGGCUGCGCCUACAGCUCCUUCAUGGUGGUGCCCAGCGGCAACGCGGCCACCGUCCGCAAGGGUUCCUCCACCAUCUGCUCCGUCCUACUGGCCUUGUGCAUCGAGAACGGCCGCCUGACGGGCUACGACUGGUUCGGGCUGGUGGGGAGCACCCUGGGCUUGAUCAUCAUGGUGGUCCCGGACUUGUUGAACUUGGACAAGAGCACCCAGCUCUACGACACCUUCGGGUACGUCUUGGCUUGCCUGGGCGGCAUGGCCUUGGCCUUAGGCCUGGUCAUCUUCCGAGCCCUGGACUUCCCCGCCAAGCUGGUGACCGUCGCCUUCCUGUUUGGCGUGGUUGGAAGCCUGGUAUGCUCCCCCGCCAUGUUCCUCCUCCAGGACCCCGUGAUGGUCCUGGAUCCUUUGACCUGGACGUGUGUGGUGGCCAUCAGCUUCCUCGCUCUGGUCUCCUUCUUGUGCGCCAGCUAUGCAGUGACAAAAGCACACCCGGCGCUGGUGUGCGCUGUCUUGCACUCAGAAGUGGUGGUGACCCUGGCUGUCCAGUACUAUGUGCUGCGGGAGGCCGUCACACCCUUUGACAUCAUGGGGGCAGGGGUCAUCCUGGGCAGCAUCGCCAUAAUCACGGCCCAGAAUAUCAGCUGUGACCCGGCGGAGGAGGAGGAGGGACUGACGGUGCAGCGGAAAGGGAUCGAGUAGGCAGAUGGCGGAGAGGGUGAAAGCUGGUGCCAAGCACACUGGACCAAGAUGGGGACACCGGGAACAAGACCAGCUGAGGCUGUGGCACCCUGGAAGUCCCCAUCCCACGGCCACAUCUGGGGCUCACAGAAGAGAGGGCAAAUAGUGGUACAGUAGAAGCCUUAGCACAGCAAAAUCUUGGCAUGCCUAUCUACCUCUGAAGGUAGCCAUGGAUGUCUACCUACUUCUGAAGGUAGCCAUGGUUGUCUCUCUACCUCUGAAGGUAGCCAUGGAUGUCUGCCUACUUCUGAAGGUAGCCAUGGUUGUCUGUCUACCUCUGAAGGUAGCCAUGGAUGUCUACCUACUUCUGAAGGUAGCCAUGGUUGUCUGUCUACCUCUGAAGGUAGCCAUGGAUGUCUGCCUACCUCUGAAAGAAGCAGGAAACGGCUCCUUCUCGUCUGUUUUCAAAAACCUUGCUUUAGGGAUCAAUUGGCUGCACCGCUAAGCCGCCCGCCAACAUGUUCCUGAGAUGGAACCAACAGCCCCGCCAGGCCAGGAUACAGGACAUCUGGACUACGUGGUUAGCCUACCACCUUCAGGGUGGAAGAGAGCACUAGCCCUUUUGGACCACACCGAAGAGCUGGGAUUGAGACCCCCUCAGGGUUUAUUGAGGCUGCUGCAGAAUUUAUGACAUGAGCGUUCAUGUUCUGCUUUGAACUGGCAUUGGGUAUGUUGGGGAAGGGGAAUUCGGGGCUCUGAUUUGGGCCAAGCUCUCCUGCCUGGAGUGCCCAUUGAUUUCCAAGAAUUGUUUUGAAGGACAAAGAUGUUGGGAGAUGUUUGGGUCUGAGCUUCUGCCUCCAGACAGAGGCAGGAAGAAACGGGUCCUGCGCGUUGAGCCCCCAUUCCAGACAAAGUAAAUUCAAUAUAAAAUAUAGUGCAGAACCUACGAGCAUUUCUAUACAUGCAGCCUCUGCCAGUUUGCUGAAGGGACUACUUCCAAUUGU